CUCGACCUCAACGUGACAUCUCUCAUCUGCCUGUAAAGCCGGUCUGGAAAAAACAGUUUCUGCCUCUCCUGACUCACAAAGAUGGCUGCAGCUCUGACUCUCCUUCUCAUUGCUUCUCUGCUGCAAGGUGCUCAGAGUAAAGAGUUUAAGGCAUUUAUGCCGAAGACUAUAGAGGUUCCUACAGGAUCCUGUGUGACCAUCCCCUGCUCCUUUGAGAUAGAAGAUAAACAUAAAUCAAAUCUAGAUGACACAUGUGGAGCGCAAUGGUUCAACGAUAAGACUCUUGUGUUUAACAGCAAAUAUCCACAAACACUUUUAAAUAAUGGAGAACUGACAGGAAACUUGACAAAAAAAGACUGCACCACAACCCUGAACAACAUCCAACCUGCUGGCAACUAUAGAUUUAACUUCAGGUUGGAAUGUAACAACGGUCUAAAAUGGAGUUUUGCUGUACAAGCAGCACUUCUUUCAAUCAAAGAUGAUCCUCCCAGACCGACUCUGACUCCGUCAGCUCUGAAGGUGGAGGAGGGAGCCUCAGUGAGUUUGAGGUGCUCUGCUCCAGCUCCAUGUCUGUCUCAUCCUCCAAAUGUGACAUGGACCAAAGGCCUGGGGGACAUUGUGGAGACACUGCAGGAGAAUGAGGACAGAACCAAAGUCCUGACCUCUGUAGUGACCUUCACUGCCUCUCACAAGCAUCAUGGAGAGACGAUCUCCUGUAAGGCCUCCUACCACAAACAGAAUGGAAGCGCUGAGUCAACUGUUAGUUUAAAGGCUGAUGUUUCAUAUGCACCACAGAUCCUUCCCUCAUCCGACUGCAUCAGAGCUGGAGACCAGCUCAACUGCUCCUGUGUCACUCUGGGAAAUCCUCCUCCCACUGUACUCUGGUAUGUGAACGAGUCACCUGUCAAUCACUCCAAAGAGCUUUUGAUCAGCAGCACCACCAGGCGGAGCAUCAUCACACUGAAUAAACAGCAGGAGGCGGGUCUUUCCUCCUUGCUCUGCCGCAGCAUGAACUCUGUGGGAUCUGCUACUCAGCGGUUUUGUGUCAGCAGGCCUAAGGCUCCAACUAACGCGGAAAGUCAAGCGGAUUGUACAGGUCGAUUCACGCUGCCAUUCAUCGCCACAGUUGUGGCCCUAACGGCAGCGCUCUUAUGUGCUCUACUGUUUGCUAUCAGAGCUCACAGGACCAGGUGCCCCAACUCUGGAAGGAGUGAGUACACAGGUGACACCAGCACAGCUGUGACGAGCCAAGGCCUCGCAGGUGAAAAGCUCAUUGAGGUUACAUCUGUAACAGCGGAGGAGGCUAUCUAUGCCAACACCAACAUGACGCCACACGUGCCAAAUACUGGUGCUGGACAUCAACAGGUUGCGUGUAGAAGCCCAGAGGAGAAGCCGAAUGAGGACGGCAGCGAUGUGCUCUACUCGAGCGUCACUUUCAAGAGCCACAGCAAGAUGGAGAAGGGCGAGAGCUCUGGGGGCCAGAAUCCGUCUUCCUGCUCCUAUCUGGAGGAGGAGCGGUGCAGGGAGGGAGGCACGGCCACAGAUUACGUGGUCAACGCGUGGGAAUUGACGGGCCUAUAUGACACAAUCGGGAUUGGGAAAGUUGACACGAAGAAAAUCAACACCGAAUAUGCUCAGGUUCAUUUGUAGAGGGACAAAUAUUAUGCAACAACAUUUUUGCUAAAAAUUCCAGUAUUUUUGUUAAGGAUUAUGAAUAAGAUCACGUUGUAUCGUCAGUGUUUUGUCCCUUACGUGUUUAUGAUGUAUGUAAAAUAAGUUACUUUGCAAAUUUGAGACCUUCCUCCAACAACCCAUUGUUAUUUUAAAUGUCUAAAUUACAGAACCCAUAAUGUCUAAAUUACAGAACCCAUAACAAUGUUUUACAACAACAAAAACAACAAUGAAAAAGAGAAAACUGGAUCCUGAAACAUUUUUAGCAAAUUAAUCAAAAGUCAAUUUUAGACAAACUGUAUUUGUGUAAGUUGCGCCAACGCUUUGUUUUAGUGGAAUGUUUAUACACCCGAAAGCUUUGCAGUUUGCAAGUGCCUUAACUAACUACAGGAGCUUGCUAACAUUAGCUUGCUAUUGUAACAGAUGUGUUUAGGGCAUGGAAGACGUUGACACAGAUAAUGAUCUUUUCAGCAUUUAUUUGUUUCUGCAGUAUAAAACAUAGACGUUGCCUUCUGAUAUCUCUUUGCACAUCAGCUUUAUUCAACGGUCUAAAAGUUCUGUGAAGAAAACGCAGGAAACAGAUUUAACUCAUCAAAAUAUAAUCCACACACACUCAUCAGGAUCAUUGAAUAAUAAUAAGAUAAGAUGUAAAAAUAAGAAAAGUGUAUUUCUAACUCUGUUACACUAACAACUAACUUGUCCCAGGCCAUCAUUAUCAUUUCAGUUAUCGACUGCACCUCUAAAAUAAUCCCAUGACAUAAUAAAAUGUAACGUCUUAUCACACUUAUUCAGUUUCCAUGCUUUU